GUUCAAGUAAAUUUUGUUGAAAUUUUUUGUUUUUGAAUACUAAAAACUAUUGUAGAUCUUUGACAUUUUUUUCUGCUAACCAAAUUAGGGAAAAUAUCUAGUUUGAAAUAAAGUUUUUCCAAUUUUCAGGCUUUUGUUAUAGGGUUAAGGGUUAAAGGAAAAAAAGAUCUGGCAACAAUGCCUGAGGCGUGCGCGUCCGUCGUCGUUCGUCGUUCUUUCGACUUUCCGUCCCCGUUCGGUUGUACCACGCCACCACGGCCAUUUCUAUUUUCUUCGUUUCCUCAAUUACAAUUUUUAAUUUAAGUGCAAUAAUCGCAUUAUUCGCAUUCACGCUAAGUAUCCAUAAUCUCCAGUAUAUUGAAAAAUUCAAGUGAAAAGCCCUGUACUCUUUCUUUCACUGGUUACGGACAGGAAUUUUGCCUGGCUGGGCUGGCGUCACUUUCUCUGUCCGCCAUUAUUGUCGUAGCUAGCUGAGCGUCAUUGUGCAUUUUCAUUUUUUGUUCAACGGGAGUCGGGAGUGAGUGGAGUGUUUUGUUUUUUUUGGUAAGUUUUAAACUAUUACUACUAGAUACUUGAAUUUUGAAUUAUCCCUUAUUGUCUAAUUACAAUCUUUGGCACUGCGGCACAGCCGAAACCAUCAAAAUUUCAAAACUAAGCUCAAAACCCGUUUACGAUUUAGAUAAAUUUAUUCUGGGAAUGUAAAAAUUUUGUGGCUAUUUUGAACUUAUUGUGGGUUUAUCGUUUAUCAAACAAAUAGAAUUAGAUUGCAUCGUGGGUGGCUAGAUCAAUCGCUUGUUAAGGCUUGUAAGUUAACAAGAACCUUAGAAUGGGCCACACAGAAACAAUGUCAUAUUGACAUUGGCACAUUCUAAGGUUUUUGUUUACUUAACAAGCCUUAACAAGCGAUUGAUCUAGCCACACUAAUUAGAUACGUCCAGAGCCAAAAUUUGAAUAUACCUAGACUUUGCCUAUGGGUUGGGUUUGGAUACGAUACAACAGUUCAGGGCUUGCCUCGGGGCUUUUUUACUAAGAAAAUUGAUACCACAAUAAUUAUUGCUUAUAUUUCCAAGUUGUUCCCAUAUCAUCACAAAAGAUAGUUUUUUAAUAGGUAGGUACCUACCAUUGCCAAAAAUACAACUUCAUCAACCAGUUAGAUCAAAAUUUGGAUAAUGAAUUUAUUGAUCUAUUUCCCUUGGACAUUGAAAAACUUAAUAGCCUUGAAAAUCGUUUGAAUAACGAAAUUGAAAUGAAGAAAAUGAUAAAGUAUUUAAGUCGAGUUGGAGGCAGUGAUGUACCUGAAAUUGUAAAACGAUUGAUGUAUAAAUUGUUAACAAAUGAAGUUGGAAAUUUAUUCAGUUGGGAUGGAGCCAAAGGAAAGAGAAAAUUCAAAUGUUUAAAGUUAGCCAAUGUCAUUUUAGAUACUGUGCGAGCUAACAAUCACACUAAAAAUGCCACAGAAGCCGAUAUUAUUGUCUACAUAAAAAAAUGGUUGGUGCGAUCAAAGGAUCGCAUGCAUCUGGAAGAUAAGCGAAGAAGACGGAAUGAAAAUCAGGAAGAAGAGGACGGAAAUCAGGAAGAAGAGGACGGAAAUGAUACUAUGUAAAUUCGCAUAGCAUAAAUCUUUAGUUUAUU